AUGUCGAAGACAGCUAAAAUAGAGGUGUGGUGGGACACGAAUGACUGCCCGAUUCCAGAGGGGUAUGAUGCUAGUCGGGUCCGCCCAAGUAUAGAAAGGGCGUUCAAGGAACUAGGCUACACUGGUCCUGUCUCCAUCACUGCCUAUGGCGACCAAAAAAAAACCCCUUGCCACGUCCUGCGAGGGCUCUCUUCCACUGGAGUCGCUGUUGUACAUACCAUAUCAGAUAGCACGCGCUCAGUCAUGUAUCGGGAUAUGGUGGAAUGGCGAGCUCAAAAUCCACCUCCGAGUAUAAUUUUGAUCAUAUCCGAUCAGGUGGAAGGUGACUUCUCCUGGGAUCUUGCCCGCCUACAACAGCGCACUAGAUACAAACUUUUUCUGGCUUAUUCAAGCAAGCCUUGUAAGGAAUUAUUCCUGCUCUAUAAAGCAAAUUGGCGCUGGGAGAAAUUACUAGAAGAAGGAGGCACACCACCACUUGUGGCGGCGGGUGGAUUAUCAUUUGCUGCCGUGUUUUAUUGCAAAUCGUGUAAUUUCAAUUGCCAAAGCGUGAAGACAUUCAGGAAUCAUCUCUCGAGUUAUAAGCAUGGAAUGGAAGAUGCUAUAAAUUCUCCGGACUCACGACUGUCAUGUGUAACCAAGACUUGGGCAAAGAACUACCCGGCCACGCCUGAACACGCCACCGCUAAAAUACAUGUGUUGUGGGACAUGAAUGACUGCCCUAUUCCUGAGGGAUAUGAUGCUUGUCGGGUCCGUCCAAGUAUUGAAAGGGCGUUAAAGGAACUAGGCUACACAGGUCCUGUCUCCAUCACUGCCUUUGCCGACCAAAAACAAACCCCUGAUCACCACCUUCUUGCGCUCUCUUCCACUGGUGUCGUUUUUGCUCAUACCCUCUUUCCCUGGGACUUACACAGUCGCAUGAUUACAGAAUUUGAGGAAUGGACAAAAGAUAAUCCUGCUCCGGCUUCAAUUAUGAUCAUAUCGGAUGAACUGGCUUUGAGAAAGUCCCAUUCAUCACUUAUUUGCCGGAAACUACAAGAGAGUAACUACAAGUGUUUUUUGGCUUAUUCAGUUAGGCCUUUUGAAAUGCCAGUCCUGCUCACUUCUGCUGAGUGGCUCUGGGAUAGCUUACUUUCAGGUUCUUGUUUCUUGUUUGUUCUCUCAUGUGUAACGAAGACUUGGGCAAGGAACUACCCGGCCACGCCUGAACACGCCACCGCUAAAAUACAUGUGUGGUGGGACAUGAUGGACUGCCCGAUUCCCGAGGGGUAUGAUGCUCGUAGGGUCCUUCCAAGUAUAGAAAGCGCGUUCAAGGAAAUAGGCUACUCUGGUCCUGUCUCCAUCACUGCCUUUGCCGACCAAAAAGAAACCCCUGAUCACCACCUUCUAGCGCUUUCUUCCACUGGAGUCGAUUUUGCACAUACCCUUCCCUGGGUCUUACACAGUCGCAUGAUUACAGAUUGUGAGGAAUGGAUAGAAGAUAAUCCUGCUCCGGCUACAGUUAUGAUCAUAUCGGAUGAACUAGCUUCGCCCAAGUCCCAUUCAUCACUUAUUUACCGGAAACUACAAGAGAGUAACUACAACUGUUUUUUGGCUUAUUCAGUUAGGCCUUUUGAAAAGCCUGUCCUGGUCACUUCUGCUGAGUGGCUCUGGGAUAGCUUACUUGCAGUUUCAGAGACAAAAAGACAGACUCUUCAGAAGGGCUGUGAAAGUGAAAGUGAAAGUGAAAGUGAAAGUGAAAGUGACAGUGAAAGUGAAAGUGAAAGUACCGGUAUGUUUUAUUGCGAUUUGUGCGACUGUGAUUGCGAAAGCAUGGAUGAUUUCAAGAAGCAUCUCUCAAGAGAACAACAUACACAUGAGGACAAGAUAAUGAGUACGCAUUUUCAAUCUUUUCCUCACCGGCAUAGGCAAUUUAAAAUAUCCAAGUACCAUGAUGAGGUAGGAUAUCCUCCCAAGACCAAACGUAUGAGGAAAGCAUCCCGGAAAGUUUUUCUCCCAAGAUCAUUACGUUUUACUAGACGUUGA